UGUCCCGAGGCAACUGCCAGGCCAGAACAGCAUGGCGGCGAGCGAAGAAGUGCUCGCCUUGCAGGCUGAAGUUGCUUUGCGUGAAGAGGAGCUAAGGCUCCUCAGACAGCGCCUGGAAGUAGCGAAGGCGGAGCCGUUCUCACGGCACGCGCGUGAGCCGGCGCCGCUGCCACCGAAGGCUGCCCUGUCCCGGGAGGAGAUUCUUCGUUACAGCCGACAGCUAGUCCUGCCGGAGCUGGGGGUGCGCGGGCAGCUGCGCCUGGCCGCCUCGUCGGUGCUGGUGGUGGGCUGCGGCGGCCUGGGCUGCCCCUUGGCCCAGUAUCUGGCGGCUGCCGGAGUGGGCCGCCUGGGCCUCGUAGAUCACGACGUGGUGGAGCUGAGUAACUUGCACCGGCAGGUCCUGCACGGCGAAGCGCGGGCCGGCCAGGCCAAGGCACACUCCGCCGCCGCCGCCAUCGGGCGACUCAACUCGGCCGUGCAGUGCGUUCCGUACGCUGAAGCCCUCACCCCGUCCUCAGCGCUGGAUCUCGUCCGCGGCUACGACGUGGUGGCCGACUGCUCGGACAACGUGCCCACUCGCUACCUGGUGAGCGACGCGUGCGUGCUGGCCGGCCGGCCUCUGGUCUCGGCCAGCGCGCUGCGUUUGGAGGGCCAGCUCACGGUCUAUCACUACGAAGGCGGGCCCUGCUACCGCUGUGUCUUCCCUACGCCUCCCCCGGCCGAGACGGUGACCAGCUGCGCGGACGGAGGCGUCCUGGGCGUGGUGCCCGGCGUGCUUGGCUGCCUGCAGGCGCUCGAGGUGAUCAAGAUCGCGGCCGGCCUCGGGCCCUCCUAUAGCAGCCGCCUGUUGCUCUUUGAUGCCCUCGGCGGUCAGUUCCGCUGCAUCCGGCUUCUAGGCCGUCGGUCAGACUGUGUGGUCUGUGGGGACCAGCCCACGGUGACCCGUCUGCAGGACUAUGAAGCGUUCUGCGGCUCCUCGGCCACGGAUAAGUGCCGGAGUCUGCAGCUGCUCUCCCAGGAGGAGCGGGUCUCCGCUGCCCACUACAAGCAGGUGUUGGACGCGGGGGAGCCCCACCUGCUGCUGGAUGUGCGGCCCCAGGUGGAGGUGGACAUUUGUUGUCUGCCGCAUGCCCUCCACAUCCCUUUGAGCCGCUUGGAGCGGAGGGAUCCAGAGAGCGUGGAACUCUUGGGGGACGCCAUUAGGAAAGGGAAGCAGACUAUCCAGAAAGGGACGCUUUUCCCCAUCUACGUGAUUUGCAAGUUGGGGAAUGAUUCCCAAAAAGCGGUGAAGGUCCUGCAGAGCUUGUCAAUCAAAGAAUUGGACUCUUUGUUGGCCAGAGAUAUUGUGGGAGGUCUCAUGGCAUGGGCCACAAAAGUAGACCCAACAUUUCCACAGUAUUAAGUUGUGUUGUUCGUUUGUCUGAAGUAGAUGAUGGUCAAAAAGUGCACCUUUCAAUUGUGGAUUUCAAAAUUGCCUCAAGGAAAUAUUCAUAGUGUGAAUAAUUGUGAGAGAAGGGAGGUUGGAAGAGGAUUUUUUUCUUUCAUAAGUAAAUAAUUUUGUUUUUCAAAAGUGCAUUGUAUUAAGGCAACCUUUAUUUUUAUUUAUUUUUUCAGCCUUUAUUUUUAGAAUGAAUCCUUUAGGACUGCUUUAUGUGGUCAAAUAAGGGUGGGAGUAGGUUAAAUGUUAGUCUUUGGAUAUAUACUCUCCUACCGUGUUAAAUAGAGUUGAAGACUGUUAAAAAAGUCAGCUUGUUCAGAAAAGAUUUGAAAAUAGCUUAAUUGGUGAAAUAAAUCAAUUUAACUGUUCCCAAA